AUUUAGACCCAUCAAGAAAAAAGACCUUCAGGCCUCACAGGGACUACCAGCUUCCUUUGAUUGGCGGAAUGUAGACGGAAUAAAUUACGUGAGCCCUGUACGGAAUCAGGCACAAUGUGGAAGUUGUUAUGCGUUUUCUACUAUGGGAAUGUUUGAAGCCCGUUCCCGUAUUCAGUCUAAUCGUUCUACUAGUUAUGUCCUCUCUACUCAAGAUAUUGUCAGCUGUUCUGAAUAUUCUCAAGGCUGUGAAGGAGGUAAACCUUACGUAGAAUUGAUUUAUUACAUGAAUAUUACAAUUUGAGUACACGGAGCAAAUAGACUGAAAAUGUUUGCUAACGGCAAUGAAAACAGUGCUUAAACGGUGUAGGUGAGUGCACUGCAGGUGUUAUCGAAGCGUGUAUUUUUUUACAUUAUUAAUAAGUAAAUGGUUUCUCCUGCACUUUGGCAAAACGUGCGCUCGUGAGUUUUUCAAAGACGUCAAAUUGCACUCCCCCUUCGGAGUCGUUCAAUUUUGAUCGUAUUUGGAAAACGCCUUCAUCUAUCUUUUUUUCCCAAUUGAACUUGAAACCAUAGAGUUCAUUACUUAUCCUAAUUGAAACUUAUUUGGUUUGAUACUUACCAUUAGUUACACACGGACAGUUUUUUUGCAAGUUAGUAUCAUUAUAUUUACUAUGGUGAUUUUUAUUAUUUAGACACUCAUGCAGUUAGCUAGUUGGUUAUUUCGCUUAGUUCGAAGUUCAACAUAAUUCUGAAAACUUGGUCAAACCAAUCAUGGAUUUGACACAUGAUCGGACACUAGUUAUUUUUAACUCAAAAGAGAAAUGUUUUACAUGUGUGCAUUGCAUUAUAAAUAUUUUUCUUGUAUACGAAAUUUCAAUACAAAUGCAACAUGUUCAGUAAUAGCAUUUCACUCGAUCAAUACACUACACCUUGACAGGGGCGCACUCGAAAAUCACAAAAAGUCGGUCCCAGUUUUGAAUGAGACUCCAGCAAAUGUCGGUCCCGAAUCUCUUCUAUGAGAGUUGUUUAAUCCACAAGCCACAAAUGUCUGGUGUAGGCAUGAGCAUUUGUUCUUCCAAAUUCUUCAACUCAAUGCCAGAAAGUGUAGGAAAUAGCAUUUCCGAGCGUCAAUUUUUUCCGGGGGUGCAUGCCCCAGGAUCCCCUAGUUUUCACCGUUCCUAUUAUGCUACUCUGUUACGUGCCACGUUUGCACUUGGCUGAAAGUCUUAACUAUAUGGUUCCCAACUUAGCUGGAACUGAUUAGCCUCCCCAAAAUAAAACCUGUUCCGUUGCCACUGGUUUUAGAGUAUAUAUAUAUAUAUAUAUAUAUAUAUAUAUAUAUAUAUAUAUAUAUAUAUAUAUAUAUAUAUAUAUAUAUAUAUAUAUAUAUAUAUAUAUAUAUAUAUAUAUAUAUGAUUUCUUGAUAAUACUUGGCCCUGGCUAGUAACUUAUGUAUUGGUUUAAAAGUCAUCUCCCCCCUCUUGUUUUAAAGGUUUUCCUUAUCUAAUCAGCAAAUAUGCCAUUGACUUUGGAUUGGUGGAAGAAUCUUGCUAUCCUUAUCAAGGAAAAGAUACACAGUGUACGGAGUCGCCCACGUGUAAACGUCACCAUGGGAACAACGACUAUCACUACAUUGGUGGAUUUUAUGGAGCCUGCAAUGAACCAUUAAUGCGGUUGGAGCUCGUAAAGAAUGGACCAUUUUCCGUGAGUUUUGAAGUAACGAGUGAUUUCAUGCACUACAAGGGUGGUAUAUAUGUAAAUCCCGGUAAGUCAAACGUUAGAAACUAAUUUUCUUCAUGAAUUAUUAAUGCUUUUACAAAUUUAUUUGCAAACUUUACCAUAAAUGACAGGUUGAAGAUUUAUACGACAACCGAUUCAGUGACUCUUACCAGCUCUCGUGCAAUCAUGAGCCGGACAAAACAAAUCCUAUUUGUUCUUAGGUAACAAUAUUUUUCAAUUCAUACAGGUUUAAAAGACAAGUUCAAUCCAUUUGAAAUUACCAACCACGCUGUGGUUGUCGUGGGCUACGGCAUUGAUGAGGCAUCUGGAAUGAAAUACUGGAUAGUUAAGAACAGUUGGGGUGCUCAAUGGGGUGAGGAAGGAUAUUUUAGGAUCAUACGUGGUACAAACGAAUUGGCCAUUGAAAGCAUGGCGGUUGCUGUAACUGUGCCCAAAAUCUUUUGAGUUAAAUAUUAGAAUAAAGAAUCGACAGACAGUGCUCGUUACUUUUGUUUCAGACAAGAAAUGCAUCAUGAAAUUCAUUUCCUUUAAUUUUUUGUUGAUUUAAAACCGAUAGCAAAUGCAGGGUUAUAAAAAGUAGACAAUUUCGAAACGGCUCUCGAUUUCAUGUCAUAAAAAUUUUGAGAAAAAUGUUUCGUAAAGAUAAAUUUUCCAGAGCAGGGGGGGGGGAUAGCUUGCGCGCGAAAUUUCAAAACGCAUUUUGAGUUUAUGGGCGAGAAAUUUGUUAUGUGUAUUAUUAAUGGUCCAAAUAUCAGAAAAUUUGCUCAAUUUUAGUUUAGUCCUGGAAUUAAAUAGCAAUUGGUACGUACCAAUGUUUAUCACGCAUGCUUAAUUCAUGCAUUUACCUAAUUUGCAUAUUGUUAUUUUACUUUUUUUACAAUGUCACAAAAAUACACAUUGUCUCCAAGAAAAUCAAAGCCAAACUUUAUGUAAAUUAACAUGAUUUUUAUCAUGAUUACAUAUGAAACCACCGACAUGCAUUCCUCAUGAAUUAUUAAUGCGUUUUUAAAUUAAAUAAUUAUAAGUAAUAGCAUGUUUUAGCAAUAAUUAUAAGUAAUGGCAUUCAGGUCGAUAAAUGAUUAAAUAUGAAAUGUAUCUGAAAGCCGAGAGAGGAAAAGUAAAAGUCCCUAAACUUUAAUAAUAGUAACAAUAUAUUUAAUUUCUGUUACAAAUAUUAAUUGCACCGUACAUUAAUUAAUUUAAUUGUAUACCUUAAGUAUAAUCUUGAUGUCCUAUUGAUUAUUAAAUAGUAUGACCUGAGGUAGAGGCGAAACAGCAUGAAUUAUUAAUGUUUUAACCAUUUUGUGCAUAUCUUAUAUUGUGUUUAGCCAUCGUUCUUUCCAAUUUCCCCUAAUUUUUUCGUAAAUUUCUUCACCUUUUGCCUAUCAUUCUUAAUUUUUAAUAGGUGUCACUCAAAUAUGUUUUCUUCGUAUCCAAAUCCAUGUUUUGCCGACUGGGAUUCAAUAUUUUGCCUACUACUGGGUGUUAAACCCCCUCCCCCCUUCCCGCCACCCUUUAGUGCUGGCCCUGGGUGAGUAUGAAAACAAAGUGAGUGCGAACUUUUUUAUGUUGCUGAUGUGCUUACUUUUGUUUGGACUUUUCUUUAGGUCUUUAAACACAUUUAGACCUGUUUCACGAAAACAGAAUUGAAGAAAUGGCUUCUUCGCUUAUAGCACGGUUGUUUCUGUUCUUAUAUCGAUAUUUUUGUUUACAUAGCUUCAAAUUUUGCUUUUCCUGAUGAGAAUUAAAAUUUUUGCUGCUGAACAAUUUUAAGUUGCUUGGGACUACAUGGAGGUAUAGCAUAAUCGGAGCCUAAAGCUUUACCAUAAGUUUUAUCUUGCAUGCUGUUGUGAUGCGGUAACCCUGACCCUAACCCUAGUUUUAAUACCACGCAUCUGACUGUUUUAUAUUUUAACCUACUUUUAAUCACCUCAAACUAUUAUGUCUUCCUUACACAAAGUAAUAACUCAACAAAGUAUUGCUGACCAAGCUUAUAAAAAUGCCCAAAUAAUUUUGUCCAAUUUCUUUUGUCAACCUAUACAUACGAGCAAAAAAUGUUCUUAGCCAGUUUUUUAUAUGUAAUUGUCAUGGAAAAAAUUGACAAAAUUGCCUAUAUUACAAUAUAGACGACCAAAUAAACGGG